UUCUUGCGACUCUACCGUCAAACAUGCGGGAAAGAUGUGCCGACCGGAGCCAACGUGCCGAGUAACAAAUCUUCAUCUUCAGUGAGCGUAAUCGACGAAGUAUAACGGGUUAAGAUUGUGACGCACGCAUCAUGGCGAAUAUCAACGUUCAAUUCAAAACAAAUUAUGCUGUAUCUAGUAAAAUUGAGCCUUUCUACAAAGGAGGAAAAGUGCAGAUCAGCAAAGAUGAAAAAUAUAUCUUUUGCACGUGUGGCUCACGUGUCAAUGUUUUGGAGAUCAACACAGGAAAGACCGUCCACAGCAUUGAGCACGAUGAUCAAGAGGACAUUACAUCGUUUGCACUAAGCUGCGAUGACGAGAUGCUGGUAACAGCCAGCAGAGCGCUCCUGUUGAAGCAGUGGGACUGGAAGAAAGCGCAGUGUACUCGCACUUGGAAGGCCAUACACACGGUUCCUGUAGCCAGCAUGACUUUUGACUGCACCUCCACGCUCAUGGCCUCAGGGGGCUGUGAUGGCACUAUCAAGCUCUGGGAUGUGGUCAAGCAAUACUGCACCCACAACCUUAAAGGCUCCUCUGGUGUUGUACACCUGGUGGAGUUCCACCCAGACAUCGGCCGUCUGCAGCUCUUCUCGUCCUCUCUGGACUGCGGCAUCCGGCUGUGGGACCUGCAGACCAGCCAAUGCGUGUGCGUGCUCAAGAGCCACUACAGCGCCGUCACUUCCCUCUGCUUCAGCCCCGACGGCGACACCAUGAUCAGUUCAGGAAGAGAUAAGAUCUGCACAGUGUGGGAUUUAAAGAGACAGACGGCGAAAAGAACUGUACCAGUCUAUGAGGCUGUGGAGGGCGUUGUGAUCCUGCCUGUGACAAAAGACCUCUCGGAAAUAGGAGUCCAGAGCAGAGACUUGCAUUUCGUCACAGCUGGCAGCAAAGGGUUCUUGAGGGUGUGGGAGGCCAGCACAGCCCGUUGCGUCUACAGCCAGGCCCGCCCGUCCACACUCUGCCUUCCCUCAGAGGAUGCGGAGGAGACGGAUGACGACCCCCGUGCGCUAACAUACUUGCUUCACCUGCCCGUCUCUGGCAGGCUGGCCGCCGUCACCGCGGAGCACAACAUUGUCCUCUACCAGCUGCCUGCUCUCAGCACGCAGCAACAAUUCGUGGGUUACAGCGACGAGGUGCUGGACGUGAAAUUCCUGGGUAAAAACGACAGCCACAUCGUGGUGGCCACCAACAGCUGCCAGCUCAAAGUGUUUGAGCUGCUCACCAACAGCUGCCAGAUCCUCUACGGCCACUCGGAUACCGUGUUGUCAUUGGACGUGUUUAAAAAAGGCUUUGUGUUUGCAAGCUGUGCAAAGGACAGAUCCGUGCGCGUGUGGCACAUGGACGCCGACAGUGGCUACGUGCGCUGCGCGGCCUACGGCAGCAGCCACGCCAACGCCGUGGGUUCCAUAUCCUGUUCCAGGUUGAAGACAUCCUUCUUGGUGUCGGGCAGUCAGGACUGUACAGUCAAGGUGUGGGAUCUGCCCGAAGAUUUAUCAGCCUUAAGCACAGACUUGCAUCAGCUGGCCGCACGUUCCACAGAGCGGGCACACGAUAAGGAUAUCAACAGCGUGGCUGUUUCUCCCAACGACAAGCUACUGGCUUCCGGCUCGCAGGACCGCACGGCCAAGCUGUGGUCGCUGGCGGGGGAGGCCAGCGUGCAGCUUCUGGGAGUAUUUCGGGGCCACAAGCGCGGCGUCUGGUCUGUGUGCUUCUCGCCCGUCGACCAGGUGCUGGCCACCUCCUCCGCAGACGGCACCGCCAAACUGUGGAGCCUGCAAGACUUUGGCUGUCUCAAGACCUUUGAGGGCCACGAUGCGUCCGUGUUGAAGGUCAUCUUUGUGAGCCGAGGCACUCAGCUACUCAGCAGCGGCUCUGACGGUUUGGUGAAGCUUUGGACCAUCAAGACCAAUGAGUGCGUGAAGACGCUUGACGGCCACCUGGACAAAGUGUGGGGGCUCCAUGCCAACAGGAAAGACGACAAGAUGGUGACCGGGUCGGCCGACUCCAACGUCAUCGUGUGGACGGAUGUGACACAAAUGGAGCUGGCCGAAGAGCAGGCUAAGCAGGAGGAUCAGAUCUUGAAGCAGCAGGAGUUGUCCAACCUGCUCCAUGAGAAGAAAUACCUGAAAGCGCUGGGCCUCGCCAUCUCGUUGGACCAGCCGCACACCGUGCUGUCUGUAAUUAAAGCAAUCCGUCAAACGCAAGACAGUCAUGAGCUUCUGGAGAAGACAGUUUUGAAACUUCGAGUGGAUCAGAAAGAGUCGCUGCUGCGUUACUGUGGGGUGUGGAACACCAAUGCCAGGAAUUGCCUGAAUGCUCAGGCCGUGCUCCAGGUGCUGCUGACGCAUCUCCCACCUGAGGAGCUCCUUCAGUACCAGGGCGCCCGUACUAUCGUGGAGGGCCUCAUACCCUACACAGAGAGACACAUGCAGAGGAUCGACCGUCUUCUGCAGGCGUCCAUGUUCCUCAACUACAUGUGGCAGAAGAUGAGAGUAACCGGAGCAGCAUCCAGCAUGGGCCACGAUGAAGAAAUGGACACCACACCUCUUGGCUCCGGACCUGUGUUUAUGAUUGAAAAGGAGGGGGUAAAGCCCAGCGGCAAAGACAAACGAGAGGAGGACGAUAGCGGAAAUGAUGAAGAUUCAAAUUGUCCCGCUGAGGAGGACGAGGAAGACGACGAGGAGGUGAGCGCCGCCAAGAAGGCCACCACGAAUGGCGACCCCCGUCCUGAGAGCCAGGAGAGUUCUGAGGAAGAAGAAUAGGACCAGAAGCAAACAACAGUGUCAGCUGCAAAAUGUCUCGCAACUUCCUCUUUUCCACAAGGCUCGGCUCUCACUAGCUGACGGACAUGACCAAGUUCCUGUGCACACCUGCGCUCAACCAGUGAGGAGGCAAGAGCGAUAUUUGACAGUUAACACAUUAGCUGGGAAGUGAGUGAAAGAGCAGGAAGUGACAGCCCAGUUACCAACAAUGAUGGAUUUGUUCUGCUUGAUGGACCGGAUCUUCCGCAGUCAAGCGAGAUGGGGUGGUUUUUUUGUGUGGUUGUGAAAUAACUAUGUGCAUGUUAUGCUUUCUAAUUAAAAUCAAACAGCCUGUAUUUUGUCACAAGCA